AUGGCUCAACUAAUUGAUUUUUAUUCCCACAAACAGGGCCCAAACCCCUGGAAGACAGUGCUAGUCUUCGAAGAGCUCAACAUUCCAUACAAGGCAAUUUACCUUGAUUUUGGUAAUGCCAAAGGCGGUGUUGAGCACAGCGACUUUCUUCGCAAGAAUCCGGCGGGGCGCGUACCGCUCAUUGUUGAUCCUGCCAAUGGCUUCUCAUUGACCGAGUCAAACGCAAUCGACCAAUACUUGGCGGCUCGUUAUGAUACGAAAAAUAUUUUCGAGGUUGAAAAUGAGUUGGAUCAGUAUCGUGCCAUUCAGCUUCGAAAUAAGAAGAAUCUUGAAGGCGCGGCCCAUUUCCAUGAAUUAGUGAAACGUACAUUGCGAACACUGGACAAGGAACUGAGUGACAAGGCUUAUCUUGUGGGCAACAAAAUCACUCUGGCAGACUUGGCUUUCGUUCCGUGGGAUUUGAUUCUAGACGUUGUCCUGGAAGGGGACAAAGAAGCUGCUACCGCCAAUGACAGAAAGAUUCUUUUCCCUCACUGGUAUGACUGGCACUCGAGAAUGUUGGAGAGACCGGCUGUACAGAGGAUGAUCGCAACGCAGAAAGAGAUCAAAGGCAAUUAG